GGACGUCUAGUUAACGGUAAAUUGGGUGGUGGCCGUGCAUUCCUGCCGGUAAUCCCCACAUCUUGGUGGUGGAGGCGAGUGGAUGUGUGAACGGCCCACGCCAUGCUUCAGCACAGAGAGGUGUGCCAAGUGAACAGCGGGGAAAUGGCAGCCUCAGUGAGAUGGGCCGGGGUCAUGUAGAGCCAGGAGACUGCAGGAGAGCUGCUGGAGAACUGCUAUGCUGAGAGAUGCAGGCUGCUAGCUCACGGAGUGUGUCGGGCUGAUUCUGGCAGAAGGAGGGAAGGUCUUUUGGGAGGUGAAAGGUGCCAUCGAAGCGGGGAGAAGAGGAGAGGGCAGUGGCAGCCAUCAUGGGUACACCUCUGCGGAGGAAGCCCCCAGCUUUGGAGAUGGCCGAAGCAGAACUGCACAAAGAGCGGCUCCAAGCUCUCACAGAAAAACGGAAAAGACAAACAGAAAUUGAAGAUAAGAGAAGACAGUUGGAGGACCUUAUUUUGCAGCUACAGCACCUCAAGUCGAAGGCGAUGAGGGAGCGCUGGCUCCUGCAGGGGGCGCCAGCGGGGACGAAGGAGGAAGAGGAGGGACGGAGGAGACAGGCGGAGCUCGACGAGACGCAGGUGAAGAAGCUGGAGGACACUAUUCACAGACUGGAAGGGGAGAUCGGGCUGUUGGAAAGGGAAGAGUCACAGAUUUCUGCCAAAGAACAGGUGCUCAGAGAGAAGCUGAAGGAGACGGAGAGGUCCAUAGAGGAUCUGCAGAAGAGUCUUCAAAACCAAGAUGGAGAUGCAGUGAAUUACCUGCAGUCACACGUCCCUGACCUCCCCCAGCUCUACUCCACCCCCCCGCCCCGGGCGCCCGGCGACGAGCCGCUCCCUAAGAAAGUGAUGUACGCUGUGGAGAUCAGUGUGGAGAAGGACAGGAAGACGGGCGGGACAAAGAUCCUCUCCACCUCGGCUGUGAGCCCGGAGGACCUGCACCAGAGGGGCGUUAAGGUCUACGACGAUGGGCGCAAGAUGGUGUACGAGGUCCGGCCCGGAGGCCAGGGGGCCCUGGAGAAUGGGCUGCACCCCUGGAGUCCCGAGGAGGGGAACGGUCUGACGGGACGGGCGAGUGGACAGAGGAAUGCCCGGGUCGCCCCCGGAAAUGGGCAGGGAUCUGCUGUGGUCGCCCCCGGCAACGGGCAGGGAUCUGCAGUGGUCGCCCCCGGCAACGGGCAGGAGCCCAGGGAGCAGACGCUGCACAAGGAGGCCAAGCUCCAGAUGGUGCAGGGGCCACAGGGGCCUCGGGGCCAGCAGGGGCCACAGGGGCCACAGGGCCAGCAGGGGCCACAGGGAAAGGGCCCUGCAGCCCAGCCCCAGUCCGGGUUUGAGGACGAGGUGACGGAGGUUCCCCAGGCCACGGCGGAGAGGCCGGUCACCAUGAUCUUCAUGGGCUACCACAGCGUGGAUGACGAGGAGGAGACCAAGAAGCUCCUGGGCUUCGACGGCACCAUCAAGGCCGAGAUCGUGCUCAUCGAUGAGGACGACGAGAAGUCGCUCCGGGAGAAGACCGUCACCGACAUCUCCACCAUGGACGGGAAUGCUGCAGACCUGGUCUCCGGGCGGCCCCUCUCCGACACCACCGAACUGUCCUCUGAGGGCAAAGACGAGAGCUCGGCCAAGGAGCCCCCUCCCCCAGGACCUUCAGUGCCAAAGGCUGCAGAGAGAGGAUCAAUCACUGGUGUUCAAACAAAUAUUUCUCAUACUGCAUUGAAACCCUCCUCCAGACACUCAGAGGAUGACAGUGAGCUGAAGCGAGAGAGAGCCCUGAAGAGUGUCAGUUUCCUCGACUCUGUCAGCAUAAUACCUGGAGCCAAAGACAAUAUGGACCUCGAAGCUCCGUUUUCUGAGGCACAACCCGACAGCCAGCAUAACUGCUACUCAACCGCUGGCCAGAAUGGAGUGAAAAACAGACACGAAGCCCUGGACAGUGAUGUUGCGAAGGAAAUCCGUUACCUCGAUGAGGUUCUAGAGGCUAACUGUUGUGACCCGGGGGUCGAGGCACCCUCAAACGGAUCGGUCUUCUCUGAGCAAAAGGCAAUCAGUGUUGAUGGGAUGGGACCAUCUGUUCAGGUCUCUGGUUUGCUGACACCACACAGUGAUGAGGUUAUCAUUGAAGGAAAGAAGCAGACCACAUUUAUAGACACCACGGAUUCUAAUGGCGGAAAACCCAAUGGCCAUUCAGGGAUAACAGAUCAGCCAUGUACGAGGCAGCCCGGGGAAUUCUCUGCAACUACUAUUAAGAAGGAGGCUUGCUUUCAACUCCGGGCUUUCCAGGAAGACAAGAAACCCUCAAAGCUCUUUGACAGCAGUUCGGAGACGGAGCCCAUCCGGGUGAAGAAAGUCCGGCCGUCUGAGGAGAUCGCGGAGCUGGAGAGGGAACGUCAGGAGUUGAUCCGGGGACAGGCCGUGAAGAAGAACCCAGGAAUUGCAGCCAAAUGGUGGAACCCUCCUCAGGAGAAAACGCUGGAGGAGGACCUGGAUUCCGACCAGCUGGAGUCGCACAGAAGAUAUGAGGAGAGGAAGCAGAGGAAGCCAGAGACUGCAGGCUCGCCUCAGAUGCAGACAGGCAUCCCCAGCAUUCCACCUGAACCUGGCAUGAAGGAGGAUAUUGUGAUGGAGCAGAUCGACUUUUCUGCCGCACGCAAGCAGUUUCAGCAGAAAGAACCUAACAAGCACCCUGGAGGCCCAAAGAGAGGUGUGGCGCCCCAGCUUUACUCUGCCAAACCCUUCUCCAGAGCCUCAGAGGUCACGCACGUGGAGAGGCCGAGCAGUUCAGUGAUAGUGGCCGGCCACAGCCAUAACGCCGGUGGAAGCCUGGACAAAGUGACCACUGUCAAAACAGAGAGGAUCUACUGCAGCCCCAGAGAUCCCAGCAUGCAGGAGGCUGGGGACAGCGUGACGGGGAACGACAUGAAAGAGCGAGGCGAUGGAGACUUCACCUGCGCCCGAGCAGUGAUGACUAUUGUCAAAGAGGAAGAUCUCGACAUGUUCUCUCUGCAGCGAUCCGCAAACAGCUCCUAUCACCCGGAGGAGAUUGAUUCUGGGCUGGAAGACCUGUCUAUCCGUUCACAGGACACCACAGUGUUGGAGACCCUGUCCAAUGACUUCAGCAUGGAUAACGUGAGCGACAGUGGAGCCUCCAAUGAAACCAUGAAUGCCUUCCUGGAGAAUUCUAUGGGAGACUUUUCUUUUCCCCCAACCCCACAGGCCACCACUCCAGUCAACGGGAAGAUGGAGGGAGGCCCUAAAUCCCCAGGUGAGCUUGGUGGGACUCUACCUGCCCCCGGGGCCUCUCUGAUGGAGCAGCAACUGGAGUACCAUGCUGGCAUCCUGGUCCAGAACGCCAUCCAGCAGGCCAUCGCCGAGCAGAGCAGCGACUGGCAAACUCCUCAGGUCCCAGAGCAUAGCUCCCCCCUCCCUGAGAAAGUGACAGACACAGAGCUGCUGCCACGCCCCUCAGAAGACAAAGCCAAAUUCGAGCCUCCACAGGCAUCGUCGCCAGUGCAAGAGAUUUGCACCAUUACUCCAAAGAUUGACAUGCGGACCCCUGUGGUCCCCUCAGACCCAGUCCACCCCCCACAGAUGAGGCGGAGCCAGUCGCCCCCGCCCGUUGAGAAGCAGGAGUUCAGCUACUUCAGUAAGUACUCGGAGGCGGCCGAGCUUAGGAGCACAGCCUCGGUGGCCCGGGCGCAAGAGACAGAGGUCAGCUCGGGGCCCUUCCGGCUGCGCUCCCGCAAGCAGAGGACCCUGUCCAUGAUCGAAGAGGAAAUCCGGGCAGCUCAGGAGCGAGAGGAGGAGCUGAAAAGGCAGCGGCAGACGCAGGCCUUACAGGGAACCUCCAGCCACAAGCAGAAGACCAACAGCCUGCCCCCCAGAAUCUCUCUCUCCGGGAGGACAGCGCCAGGGAAGAUCGAGAAGAUUUGCACUGGUCCUCCAGCCUCCCCUGCCUCGGAGGCUCCCCUGCCCUCCCCUCUCUCCGACGUGGGCAGCACCGACUCGGGCAGCCAGCGGCCCAAAAACUUCAUGCAGACCCUGAUGGAGGACUACGAGACCCACAAGGUCAAACGCAGGGAGAAGAUUGAGGACAACAGUUACACGCAUUUAUUGCGCUCUAGCGAUGUAACUUCUGAGGUGCUGGAGGCAACUCGUGUCACACGAAGGAAAAGCAACAUGGCACUGCGCUGGGAAGCAGGAUUAUAUGCCAACCAAGACGAAGAGGAGGAAGAGGAGGAGGAGGAAGAGGAGUAGGCUAACCCUGUGCUUUAACCUGUGACAAUCAGAGAGAAAGGGGGGAGGGGGGGAGCCCAAACAGGAUGGUUUUGACCCCCUCCGCCACCCCAAUAUUUAUUUCUGUAAGGCCCCAUAUCACAGGUGACCUGAUGGUUGACCUGUGAACCCAGCAGGCCAUGCUCACACAGACCUGGUUCAGGGGCCUUGGGUUCAUACGCUCUGGGACAAAAUUACAUCUGGAGUCAGGGUCAGAGGAGCGGUUUUCCUUUUUUGCUUCAGGUUUUUAUCUUGAGCUCUUCUUUGUUUUGUUAAAAGUAUGCGGAAGUGCUGGGGUGUGUGGAACUUUGGGGACAGUGAAAUGCAUGAAUAACCAAGUUUAUUGUGAAUCGGAAAGAGUUUGAGAAUCUACUUUAGCAUCAGGAGUUUGUAUUUGGCUUUUGGAAAUGUUAUUUACCAACUUAGAAUAGACGACUUUAAAGAGCAGCCUCAUCUUACUGCAGCACUGAGAUCACACUACAUAAAUAUAUUGGGAUGACACAAUCACUUACAGUAUACACAGCAAGAGUUAGAGAUGCUGUAAAUGUCCUGUGUGGAGUGCUUGAUUAAUUUAUAUUGGCUUUUAAGAGAUCUAUCCUCCACAUUUGAGUAUGAUAUUUGCCAUUUUGAUUACAGUAACAUUUUGGUCAUUUAUUAACAGCCCAAUUCGCACCGUCUGCAAAAUGGAAGGAAGGUGCAACAUAUCAUAAGCAAUGCAAUCACUUCAGAUUUUCCUGUGGAUGCCAGUAGCUGGAUAAAUAACUGUCAGAGUGGUAGUUUCAUAUUGCACUGGACUAGUUCAUUAGGCCUAUAGCACUGCUAUAGCAGUGUGUGGUGUUUGUGAUGUCAGAACUAGAGGGGUAAGUCUGUGAGCAAGGAAAUAUUGUUAAUAUGGAAACUCUGCUGCAGUCAUCCCUUUCCCUUGCUAAUCCCAGGGGAGACGGGUAGAGGAUUUAAUGUAAUAGCAUGCUCUAUAACUGCAGGCAGUAGGGGUGAUGUUAAGCUUCCCUACUGUCAAUGUAUGUAACAUACCAGUGAACUACAUUCACCAGUACCGACCGUGCAGUCCAGCUUACCUUCUUUUGGUUGGUUAGACUGUUGUACUAAGUUGUACUGUACCUUCGAGUGCACAUACACAUGGGAAAUGGACCUCGUAGUCAGGGAGGCAGCAGCAUCUGUGGUUAGGUUCAACCUGUACUCUCUGCAUUCAGUUGACCAGUGGCUGGCAUACUUUAGCACUGGUGUCAUAAAAUGUUUGGUCAAGAAAAUGUCCAACAUAAGGAAGUUGAAUUCUGCAAUAUAUGUGGUGUAAAGUGAGCUUUUUGGUGAUAAUUCUGGUUGAGAGUAUUUUGGACUCUCCAAAAAACUGAUUCCAAAAUACAUCGAAAGUCCUGUACAUCAUGUGAUCAACGAAAUUCCUCUUUAACCUUGUCUAUCCUUAGCCUUUUUAAUUGCUGUAUUUAAGCUGUACCCUCUACUGUAUAUAGGAAUUGCAUUGUUUUUCCUAAUUGCUGUUUUGCUAGCUAUAUAUCUGUUAUUGCAAUACAUUGAAGACAAAACUAUAACUAUUCACAAAAGACUUUUCAGCUUAAUAUGCCCUCACCUGCUUCAAACAAGAUUCAGUAUAUGGUCAUUGAACUUUUUUUCAUACUUAAUCCCUUCUGACUUUGCUCCAUGUUUUUGAGUUAAUGAGAUGUAGACAUGCUUCUGGGGUACUGAUUUGUUUCAGAAACGAUAUAAUAUACUUAACAAACAAUAAUAUACAAUAUAUAAGUGCGCAACCAUUUUGAUAUAAAUAUUUUGCUAUAUUUUUUUGGUUAAAGGAAACUCAAAGCAGUAAGUGUUUUUUCCAGUUGACAUGAUGGAUUGCACUGUGUUUCACAACUAGUUGUUUAAUCUAGAAGAACACAGAACAGGUUAAAAAAAAUGUUUUUAUGGUUGGUGUACAGCACCAAUUGGUCCUAAUAUGCAAGGUCCUAAAUAAAACAAUAAUCAGUGUAUGAAAAUCAAUGAGCGAAUGCAAUAACAGUGCAUUGACUCUUUGUCAUAGGUAAAGAAGCAGCAUGACGGUCAUUCAUAGCUUCAGACACGACAUUGUGCUGAUUAAUAGCAGGAAAAAUGUAUUUUGACUUUUCCUCGCUGUGGAUUCCUCCUCCCCUGAGGAUUCCACCAACCAGCAGGACAAUCAGCCCUUACAGGAAGCAGAAAUGUGCUCUGGACAUGAAGGAUGAUGCACAGAAUCCCUGCAGAAGCAGCUAUGUGCGGUGAGCGCUGGGAGAGUUGUGGUAUUGAGGCAAUUCACACCCUGCUUUUUAUAUGCAUACAGUAUAUCAAAGAGUAUUGUUGAGGGAAUAUGUCCCUUUCUGAGCUCAAGAAAUCCUUAACAUUUGUUAUUUCUGGAUUAGAAUGACACAUAUUAUGGAUAUUUUUAUUUGUAGAAAUGUGUUAUGUUUGUGAAGCAAUAAAACCAUAUUAAUGAUGUGCCAGUUAUGCUGAUGUAAUGUUGCACCGUGUGAGUGGAGCUUUUAUUUCAGAACAAUGCAUUUAGCACCAUGUCUGAGACAGUGGUUGAAUAGGACAAUGUAUAUAUGUUAAAGCCUGUCAGCAUUUAGAGGGGAAGGUUGUGUAUGUGUCUUGACAAUGAAAACCUACUUAGGAUAUGCUGUGUUUGCUUGAGAAUUUAAAAUAUCUUUACUGACAAUUGGUAAUGUUUCUGCUCUGGCUCUUUGAUAUGAGAGGUUGGGGAACGAGUAUUUUACUUUUAUUGAAGAGAAGUCUGUUUAUAUUGGUGCAGUUGGAUAUUUACAAUAAACUCUGGAAAAUAGUUUUGAAAAGUGCUGAAUUUUAAUGCCAUGUAUGCACAUUUAUGCAAGUAAUAUUUUAUUUUGUUUGCAGGUUAUUGGGGACUAUUUUCUGAGGGUGAGAUUAAUCUGUUAAUGGUUAUGAGAAAGUAUUGUGCAAAGUUCAUAUGAGUGUAGCACUGAUAUGCAGUACUGUGUUUCACGCCAGUGUCUCCAUGUGAAAACUCAGAGGGCAGAGAUGAGAUAUUGCCAGUUUGUGUGUGUAUGAAAUGCCAUAUGUCUUUGCAAUGCAUAGGAGUGGUUUCUUUGUUUAUUUUAGUAAUUUGUAGUAAUUUGUUGCUUUUAAGGAUGAAUACAGUAAUAUAAAAAUGGCACAAUAGAAGCAAUAUUAUUAACUCAAGCAUUUAAUGCAACAAUUUAAUAUUAGUUUCCCCUAUUUUAUGAAGACACUGCAAACCUGCAUGGAGGAUCCAUGUAUUUUGAGUAGAUUACAUUAGAUGGGGUGUGACAUGAAUAGGUCCUAUUUCACAUAGCCUAGAGAAAGUAUGCCAGUGAGUAUUUAUUUUGCUUUUGCUACUAACACAGAACUAAAGUUCCUCUACAAUCAGAGAUAUGUUGGAACUGUACUUGAACAAUCCAUAGUUUAACGCAAAUGUAAAAUUUGCAAUUGGAACUUUAUCUAGUUCCCAUUCUAAUCCAGAAAUAAUAACCUUAAUUCCCAUGGGUCAGUGCUAUGAGAGAAUGCAUUACAGUGGCACUCACAGGAAAGAAACCCAAUUAUAAAAUAAAUACCCACAGUACACAGUGGUAUGGAUACCCCCUCACACAUGUUUAGUCGACUUAGUGCGAAGCAGACACUUGCCUUUCAGUACCUCAUGUGCAUGCUGUAGCAGCAUAGGUCGUAUACAAAAUGGCUGUAGCAGCAUAGGUCGUAUACAAAAUGGCUGUAGCAGCAUAGGUCAUAUAAUGCCUCAACAGUAUUACCCCCCACUUACUGAAUGCAUUGUACACUUGAACUCAUGCAGACAAAUACUGUUUUUGUGGAAUACUGUUAUUAUUUGUUUUGUACUUUGAAAGAAUGGUGAUACUAAUAUUAACCAUUGUAAAGAGAAAAGCUUAAAUAGAAUUGUAAUGCCACCAUCCAAUAUGUUCAUCGUGAAAAAUUAAGAAAAGGUUCAUUUUCAAUUAAAAAACAUUGUCUGUGACACUUUGGGAGAUACAGAAUUAUGGGGAAAUCACUACAUGGUGGAUGUGAUGAAACAAUCAUGUUCUACAUAAACAUUGUGUUCAUAUGUUAACCACUUAAUGUAUUUUCAUAUUCUGCUUCUGUUUCAAAGGUAUUGUAAGGCUGACACUUAAACAAGUAUAUCAUUAUUUUCUCAUUAAAACAGUGUCAUUUCUUUAUUUCCCUUUGAAUCUCCACUAUCAUUCAUGAGCAUUUUCUGUUUACAGGUUUAUGUACAGUACACCUUUAUUUUCACAUGUACAGUAUAUACUAUAAGUUUCAUUUAUGGGUGGUGUAAUGUGGUACCUCCUGCACCAUAGAAGCUGAUAGAGUAGUGUGGAUAAAUUAUGAAUUGAAAGACUUCUUUCAUGACAAUUCCACUGCUGGUAACACAACUACAUUUAAAGUAAGCUCUGGUAGCAUCCAUCCACUUAAAUAUAACGGAGAAGGUUCAUACAGUUCAUAGAAAGAUGCAUCACACCGUGUAGAGUAGUGAUAUACUACCUACUUAGAGUACUGCAGGUGGAAGACCAUCCAAAAACAGAAAAAAAGAAGCAAAAAUCCAAUCCAUUUAUUUUCUUAAUCAAUUUCAGCAAUAAAAGCAUAUCAUUUUUUUUUUUUUUCACUUUUUGGACGAAAGACGCAUAUAUAGUGGCAUAUAUUUUUCUAGUUUCUGGUAAAAACUGAUUUGUCAUCAUAAAUAGUUAAAAGCACAUGGUUUUCCAUUUAUUUCUUCAUAUAUAUCAUAAGUAUACUAUGCUGUAUCAAUUCAAACUAUAAAAACAUAGUUAAUUGUUUCACUUUUGGAAAAAGCCUAUAGUCAUAUGUAUUUUUCAGAUUUCUGUGAAAACAGAUUUUUCAUCAUAAAUAUCUCAAAACACAUGGUUUUCCAUGUAUUUCUCCAUAUUCAUCAUAUGUAUGCUCUUCUUAAUCAAUUUCAACAAUAAAAACAUUUUAUCACUUUUUUGACAAA